AUUUCACACGUCAAAUAUGUGUACAUUUCCAUAGCCAGGUGGGUGGGGGUGGAGGGCAGAGAUUGUAUUGGAAAGACGCAACAAAGCCGGGCACAACUCUGUCGCAAAAACACUAUCUUUCAUUCGUUUGGUGUGUUCACUUUGAUAUUCUUGCAAAAUAGCUAAAAAAGCCUUUCCCGAAUCCUUCUUGCUGCUGCUCUUUGAGUGUUUGUAAAUUGUAUGUGUCUCCUCUGCGCUGAUCAGGAAGACGGGUGCCCAGAUUGGUCGAUUGGUGCACAAAGAUCCAGAUUCUGUAGACGCAUUAAGUUAAUUGCUUUAUGUUUCUUGGGAUUGAGAUGUAGAAGUUGUCAACUGGAUUGCUCUUUGAGUUAAUCUGACAUAUUUUAGGAAAGUGGGUUUUGUAAAGUUUUAAUCUUUGAGGGAAUCGCAUGGGUUGCUUCCCUUGUUUUGAUUCGAAAGAGGAGGAGACGCUGAACAAAAGAAGGGAUGAUCCCAAUGAAGUUCAUCCAACUGUUCCAUCUCACAUGUCCAGAUUAUCUUCAGGAGCAGACAGAUUAAAAUCAAGAAGUAGUGCUAGCUUGAAGAGAGAGCCUUCAGGCUUGAAGGAUUUACCUGGUGCUCAAAUCGCAGCACAUACGUUCACUUUUCGUGAGCUUGCAGCUGCCACAAGUAACUUCAGGCCUGAAUCUUUCAUAGGAGAAGGUGGAUUUGGACGUGUAUAUAAAGGGAGACUCGCUAAUGGCCAGGCUGUGGCUGUUAAGCAAUUGGAUAGGAAUGGGCUUCAAGGGAAUAGAGAGUUUCUUGUAGAAGUACUUAUGCUAAGCCUUCUCCACCAUCCUAAUUUGGUUAACUUGAUUGGAUACUGUGCAGAUGGUGACCAGAGGCUUCUUGUCUAUGAAUUCAUGGCCUUGGGAUCAUUGGAAGAUCACCUUCAUGAUUUACCACCAGAUAAAGAACCAUUGGAUUGGAACACAAGAAUGAAAAUAGCAGCCGGGGCUGCCAAAGGCUUGGAGCAUCUUCAUGAUAAAGCCAACCCUCCAGUAAUAUAUAGGGAUUUCAAGUCAUCAAACAUAUUGCUAGACGAAGGGUUUACCCCAAAGCUUUCUGAUUUUGGGCUAGCGAAGCUUGGCCCUACUGGUGAUAAGUCACAUGUGUCAACAAGGGUCAUGGGGACCUACGGCUAUUGUGCCCCAGAAUAUGCCAUGACAGGACAGUUGACCGUAAAAUCUGAUGUCUAUAGUUUUGGUGUCGUCUUCUUAGAGCUUAUCACUGGACGUAAGGCCAUUGACAGUACCCAACCUCAAGGGCAGCAGAACCUUGUUGCAUGGGCACGACCACUGUUCAAUGAUCGCCGGAAAUUCGCAAAACUAGCUGAUCCAAGGCUACAAGGUCAUUUUCCAAUGAGAAGCCUUUACCAGGCACUAGCUGUGGCAUCCAUGUGUAUCCAAGAACAGGCCGCAGCUCGUCCUCUGAUCGGAGAUGUCGUCACUGCCCUAUCCUACUUGGCCAACCAAACAUAUGAUCCUAGUGCUACUACUCCCCCUUGUAACAAGCUUUCUUCUGAUAGUAAGGAUGAAAAGAGAGGUUCGAGAAUAUUAAGGAACGAAGAUAGCCUGGGAGCCGGAUCAGGCCGGAAAUGGGACUUGGAUGGAUCCGAGAAGGAAGAUUCCCCGAGGGAAACUGUAAGGAAGUUAAACAAGGAUAUAGAAAGAGAACGAGCUGUGGCAGAGGCUAAAAUGUGGGGUGAGAAGUUUCGAGAAAAGAGACAGCAAAGCAGUAAUAGCGAUUUUGAUAGCAACAAUGGAUGAGGUUUUCAAUCACUUCUGGGGAGUGGGAAUGAGAUGUGUUGUUAGAGAAGGCCAUCUUUGUAAUUUUAUUUCUUGAUGACUCCAUUUUUACAUUUGGGUUUCUUGGAAAACCACAAGAACGCUAAUGCAAACAAUGGGUGUAUAUUUAUUUACAGAGGAAGUAACAGAUGAGUUUAAUAACACCCCCAAACUUUGCCUUAGCUUUUUCACUUAUGACGUUUACUGACCUUCAAAAUAAUGGAGCACAAGACACAAGUUUUGUUUAAAAGAGUCCUGUUACAAUUUUCUCCUGAUAUAUAUGUAUUCUUCCCUUGGAUGCUUCAUCGUUUAUUUGAAUGUUGUAUAUGAUUUGCCAAUUUGCC